GUGGGGGAAGAGGUGGUGGACGAGGCGGUAGAGGAGGUUUCAGUGCAAGCAGCCUCCCACCAAUGGGCCUUACCUUCACAGACAUCCAGAGUAUGUCGCGCGAGCAGGGCGAGCUCUAUCCAACCAUGGAUCCGUUUCCUGAGAUGACUGCAUCGACAGAUGAAGAAAAGAAGAUCUGUGCAUUGCAAAAUGGGUUCGUUGACAGGUUGAGGUCGUCGAAAUACUAUCUGGUGGAGGUGAAGAAGUCUGAUGAUCUUCCCCGAUAUUCAGACAAAUAUCGUCCUUCUCCCGCUGCUCAGCCAACGCUGAAGCGGAAAGACCUCCAUCAGCCGUUCUUCCCUCAAGAGAUAUUCGAGGAUUAUUUUAAUCCGAAGAGGAGAAAGAAACAAAAGAAAACUACUGGAAAAAAAGUCAAGUUGGACGAAAUCGCUGCUGAGGGUGAUGACGAGCAGGAAACCACGUCAGACAAACACUCCUCAGCAGGAUCAGAGGCCGGAGAAAAUGGCUCGGACUACGACGUCGACGAGGAGUACGAUGAUAAUGAUUAUGUGGAGAAUUACUUUGAUAAUGGGGAAGGUGAUGAUUUAGAUGAUUUGGGUGAUGGGGGUGCAGGUGGAGAUGGUGGUGGUGGUGACUAUGACUGAACAUAGUGAAAAACGUAUUUUCGAUCGGGCGUCCUCGACAAUGUACAGUAUAGCUGUUUUACUUAACGCGGGACACUGUGUACAACUCGAACCUGUGAAAAAAAGGG